AAGGGGUAGUGGCCUCGGACCGCCGUGUACAGACAUAGAUAGCAGAGCGAUGGCGGCUCCAGAUCUUCUUUGGCAGUGUGUGAAGAAUCAGUCAUGCUUCAUCCGCAAACAGAAAAACUUUCCGGUCAUGACAGCUGAACCAGGAAAUCUUUGCGGAUUGAACAACUUUCAGUUCAGUGGCCUCGCAUCCAAGAAGGUGCUUGGGCUGGAUUCCAAGAAGGUCGGCAAGAAGGAGUCGAUUGUCCUAACAACACGAAGCAAGAGAGAAUCCAGGCAGUACCGCCCCGGCGUUGUGCUGGUGACCACUGGCAUCAAGAAAGGCAAGAAGCAGGGCCCAGAGCAGCUCAAGAAGGCACGGUUUGCUCGUUAACACCGGACAUAUUUAAACGUAUUGGUUUUGGUAUUUGUCAAGAUGGGCCAUGAACGUCGGAGCGGAUUUGAGUACGACUCGUCCCGAGCUCGAGUCCCAAGUCGGUCGGGUGGGACCGAGCCGGGACCGACCGACCGAAGAUCAUUGGAGCGACGUGGAACCGACCCGAGCUCCUGGAGAUGGCCUUGAAGAAGUUGACACCUCAGGUCGUCACGAUGCAUCAGGAAUUGACAAAGAUGGUGUGGAAUUCAAGGAAAACCUCUGAAGAUCAUGAAGACCCCAAAGACCUUCCAGACUUGGCAGACCUUGCAGACCUUACACCGCAAACAGAGCGUGCUUCCUGAGGUACAAGAAGAUAAAGACGUCCUUCAAGAAAAACAAAACUGUGAAGAAGUGAGCAGCUGUCAACAUGGCGGUGAGUGCACUUGGAGGAAAAGGGAGAACUGUGCUUUGCAGACAGGUGGCACGCAGCUAAACGGUUUGAACAUGAUAGGACAUCAUCAACAAAUCACCC